GCCAAACAGACGUCAUCAACCUGCGUGGCUCACAUUAAUUCUACGUUUGAAAACAACACCCAGCACAGCUUUUCUUCAAUGUGUGAAGGACCUUCAUCGAUAUGUGGACCAAUCCCUCCAGACCCGUCACUGUUUCCCCAGUAUUACAAAAGGCCUGCUUCAGCUCUGGGUCGUUUGGAAGGAAACAAACGGGGUACGGCGACCCUGCUGUCAGGGCCCUUCGCUCCAGAUCCUGUACUGCACCCCGAAUGCUACAGCGCGAGAGGUACAGCACGACGUCCACGCAUCAGCGCAAAAGCUUCUCACAUUCUAGAACGUGGGCAGAGAGGUGUCAUAAGGGAGCUCCUGGAAGCGGAUUGUUAUCCUGCCACAGAGAUAAUUAAACCUAAAGAGCGAGAGUUGAACUUCCGUAAAGAGAACAUCCUACGUCUUCGGGAAAUCCAGAGGCGUUGCAAAGAAAGUGAAGCUGAGAGGGCUCGCUCCGCUCCACUCAAAGCUUUGUGGACUUCUUCUAAAUACGACAAUAUCCGAUCCAAAUUCAUGGAAGACUUACAGAUUACCAGUCCGGCCGUGAAACCGCAGUGUCGAAACUUUCUCAAGGCUCACUCUAAAAAUAAAGUGCCGCCGAGACCGCACUCGACAUCCACCGCUGUGACCCUGCGUCAGUCUUGCACACCCAUACAGGACAAGAAUUUGCAAGUGAAAGGCCAGACCAUAGACUUCAUCAGGUAUAAUGCACUGGCUGCAGGAAAAACAAUGCAGAGGUCACAGUCACUGACAAACCUGCAGGAUAAACCAGUGCCCAGUGCUGCGAUAGGCCAGGUUCCUCAGUAUUUGGUUAUAAACAGCAUAAAAGAGAGGAAAAAGCAGUGGCGUAAAGAGGAGGAGGAGGAGAAAAGGAAGAAACUUAAUCCAUCAGUUCCAGAUGGACACACUUUAAUGACUGACAGCGACAGGCAAGAAACUCUGAAGAGGCUGAAAGAGAAUCAUCGCUCUUUGGUGACAGAGUUGCUGUUGCUGCCGCUUAAAGCGGACAACCUGAGCGUUCGCGCGCGCCGCGCUUACCUCGAUAGAAGACUUUCUGAGAUCGAGGAAGCGAUCAAAAUAUUUUCCAGGGCUAAAGUUUAUGUCAAACUUAAUUCAUAACCUGUGAAUAGGAAGCAGAAGGACAUCCACAUGCUGAAUGUUUUAAAAGCUGGUUGUGACUGUAGUUAAAUAAUUUCAUGUUACGCUUUAUCAUGUGAGCUACAGUAUAAUUUAAUUUAAGAAGGCAUGCUUUUUGUACCAUGAAUUGGGAAACUGCCAACUAUAGAAAUACGUGAAGGUCGAUAUCGUUAGUGUAUGAUGUGGUUUUUAAUGAGAAAUGUGAUUUAUAAAAUAUAAAUGACUAUGGAUAAAUAUUGAUACUGUAUUGUAUAUAUUGUAUAUUACUAUACAUUAUUUGUUGGGAUCAAAACAAAUACUUGAUGUGCAAAUCCUUGUAAAAAAAAAUUUGAAUACAAAGUAACUUUUUUUUUUUUUUUUUUUUAAAUAUACUGUAUAGAUAUUCUAUAGUCAGCCACUAGAUACAGUUUAAACAAUACUACAAAAUACUGUGAUUCAAAUUGUAACAAGAAUUGAUAUGAAAUUAUUUUAUUUUGCGAAUUACAUCAUUUUUAGUGACUUUAGUGCUUGUUUAUAGUUUUGUGUAUUCAAUGUCAAAUGAGAAACUUUAAUUAAAGUGCUUUAGAAAUGA